AUGUCCGUCUUCAGAUACACAAUGGCCAGACUGGCUCCCCAAGCGCUGGGCUCCCUCAAGCAGGCCGGCAAGGUCGUUUGCAUUGGCCGCAAUUAUGCCGACCACAUUGCCGAGCUCAACAACAUGAAGCCCAAGCAGCCCUUCUUCUUCCUGAAGCCCACAUCCUCCAUCGUGCUUCCCGGCGAGGGCCCCUGCUUACGGCCCAAGGGUGUCAACAUGCACUUUGAGGUCGAGCUGGCCCUGGUCAUUGGCAAGCUCGUGCGCGACCUCAAGGCGGAUGACACCAAGGGUGCCAUUGACGCCAUUGCAGCCUACGCUGUAGCCAUUGACAUGACCGCGCGGAAUGCGCAAGAUGAGGCCAAGAAGAAGGGUCUCCCCUGGGACAUCGCCAAGGGAUUCGACACCUUCCUGCCCAUGAGCAACAUCAUUCCCAAGACGGCCAUCUCCAACCCCCAGGACGUCGAGCUCUUCCUCGAGGUCAACGGCGAGACCAGGCAGCAAGGGUCAACCAACCUGAUGAUCUACCAGAUCCCCCGCAUCCUGAGCGACAUCUCCAAGGUCAUGGCCCUGCACCCCGGCGACAUCGUCCUGACCGGCACCCCGGCCGGUGUCGGGCCAGUCCAGCCGGGCGACGUGAUGCGCGCCGGUGUCCGGGUCAGCGGCAAGGAGCUGGAGGAGGGCAAGAUCGAGGUUCCGGUGGAGGAGUCGCCCAGCUCGUAUGUCUUCAACGAGACAUAG